UAUCUAUUACCAUUACCAUCUCCUUCUCCACUCAUGAUUUUCCACCUAUUUUCACAUUUAAUUAUAUUAAAAAGAAACCAGCGUGUCUACGCAUCUACCAUAUCUACGCAGGAUAAGAAAGAAUAGAAAAGAGGGAUUUUGAGAGCAUAUUUUUUCUCACAAACCCUCCAAAAAUGGCUUCUCUUCCUCAUCCAAAGCUCUCUCUCACUUCUCUUCUACCAUCUCUGACUCCCAAAACCCCAUCUUCUAACAAACUUCCUUUUCUUUCUAGAUCCUCUACUUCCCACUUUCAUGGAGCUCAAAUUUCUCACCACAUUCUCCCUUCAUCUCUUCCUUCUUCCUCUUCUUCCUUCAAAUUUACCAUCUCCGCUAAGGUGAAUAAGGGCCAAGCCCCUCCUCCUUUCACUUUGAAAGAUCAGGAGGGAAGGAAUGUGAGUCUUUCUAAAUUUAAAGGGAAACCUGUGGUUGUCUAUUUCUAUCCUGCUGAUGAAACUCCUGGUUGCACCAAACAGGCCUGUGCUUUCAGAGAUUCUUAUGAGAAGUUCAAGAAAGCAGGAGCUGAGGUUGUGGGCAUAAGUGGGGAUGAUUCAUCAUCACACAAGGCUUUUGCUAAGAAAUACAGACUUCCAUUCACAUUGUUAAGUGAUGAGGGUAACAAAGUGAGAAAAGAAUGGGGAGUUCCUGCUGAUCUUUUUGGUACAUUACCUGGAAGACAAACUUAUGUUCUAGAUAAGAAUGGGGUUGUGCAGCUCAUAUAUAACAACCAAUUUCAACCUGAAAAGCAUAUCGGCGAGACGCUCAAAUUACUUCAGAGCCUUUAAAUCUCUCUCUUGUUUAUAGCUGUGCAUUUCGUUGUAGAAUUAGGAAGUUGUUGUUUGUUGGUAUCGUUUGAGAGGCAAUUAUCUAGUUCUGAAUAAGAGUGAAAAAUGAUGAUUGUUCUUUUAUUGUUUUUUUUUGGUUACUACUCACAAGUGAGAUCGUGUAUAUUUGAAUCAUAAUGCAUGCAGUGUAAUGUCUUUCACAAUGUUCAAUAAUAAAACUUGUUGGUUGUAACAGAACAAGCUCUCAUCAAGUUGUUCUAUAUAGUACACAAAUCUUUCCAUA